AAUGGGACUACACUGCCUAAUGCCAGUUCUGUGGCGAAAACUUUGGAGACUGCUUCGUCCAGCUCAAAUUUUUCCCUCAGUGUCAACACAUCUUCUAUUACUGCAUCUGGACCAGUAAAUGUAACCACAUCGCCACCAGUCUCCACAAUGCCACCAGCUCCAGCAACAAUGGAGCCAAAAAUUGAGCUGGGAUUUAAGUUGCAGCAAAACUUUACAUCACAACUUACAAACAAAUCCUCAGCGGAGUUCAAGCAAUUAAGUGACAACGUUACCACGGCGCUCAACACAAUCUAUUCAGAGAAAUAUGGAGCUGCCUUCAAUCGAACUUUCAUCAAAGGCUUCCGUUACAGUCAAGGAUCCGUUGUUGUCGAUGCUGUUCUGAUAUUCAAUAAUGGGACUACACUGCCUAAUGCCAGUUCUGUGGCGAAAACUUUGGAGACUGCUUCGUCCAGCUCAAAUUUUUCCCUCAGUGUCAACACAUCUUCUAUUACUGCAUCUGGACCAGUAAAUGUAACCACAUCGCCACCAGUCUCCACAAUGCCACCAGCUCCAGCAACAAUGGAGCCAAAAAUUGAGCUGGGAUUUAAGUUGCAGCAAACCUUUACAUCACAACUUACAAACAAAUCCUCAGCGGAGUUCAAGCAAUUAAGUGACAACGUUACCACGGCGCUCAACACAAUCUAUUCAGAGAAAUAUGGAGCUGCCUUCAAUCGAACUUUCAUCAAAGGCUUCCGUUACAGUCAAGGAUCCGUUGUUGUCGAUGCUGUUCUGAUAUUCAAUAAUGGGACUACACUGCCUAAUGCCAGUUCUGUGGCGAAAACUUUGGAGACUGCUUCGUCCAGCUCAAAGUUUUCCCUCAGUGUCAACACAUCUUCUAUUACUGCAUCUGGACCAGUAAAUGUAACCACAUCGCCACCAGUCUCCACAAUGCCACCAGCUCCACCAACAAUGGAGCCAAAAAUUGAGCUGGGAUUUAAGUUGCAGCAAAACUUUACAUCACAACUUACAAACAAAUCCUCAGCGGAGUUCAAGCAAUUAAGUGACAACGUUACCACGGCGCUCAACACAAUCUAUUCAGAGAAAUAUGGAGCUGCCUUCAAUCGAACUUUCAUCAAAGGCUUCCGUUACAGUCAAGGAUCCGUUGUUGUCGAUGCUGUUCUGAUAUUCAAUAAUGGGACUACACUGCCUAAUGCCAGUUCUGUGGCGAAAACUUUGGAGACUGCUUCGUCCAGCUCAAAUUUUUCCCUCAGUGUCAACACAUCUUCUAUUACUGCAUCUGGACCAGUAAAUGUAACCACAUCGCCACCAGUCUCCACAAUGCCACCAGCUCCACCAACAAUGGAGCCAAAAAUUGAGCUGGGAUUUAAGUUGCAGCAAAACUUUACAUCACAACUUACAAACAAAUCCUCAGCGGAGUUCAAGCAAUUAAGUGACAACGUUACCACGGCGCUCAACACAAUCUAUUCAGAGAAAUAUGGAGCUGCCUUCAAUCGAACUUUCAUCAAAGGCUUCCGUCAAGGAUCCGUUGUUGUCGAUGCUGUUCUGAUAUUCAAUAAUGGGACUACACUGCCUAAUGCCAGUUCUGUGGCGAAAACUUUGGAGACUGCUUCGUCCAGCUCAAAUUUUUCCCUCAGUGUCAACACAUCUUCUAUUACUGCAUCUGGACCAGUAAAUGUAACCACAUCGCCACCAGUCUCCACAAUGCCACCAGCUCCAGCAACAAUGGAGCCAAAAAUUGAGCUGGGAUUUAAGUUGCAGCAAAACUUUACAUCACAACUUACAAACAAAUCCUCAGCGGAGUUCAAGCAAUUAAGUGACAACGUUACCACGGCGCUCAACACAAUCUAUUCAGAGAAAUAUGGAGCUGCCUUCAAUCGAACUUUCAUCAAAGGCUUCCGUUACAGUCAAGGAUCCGUUGUUGUCGAUGCUGUUCUGAUAUUCAAUAAUGGGACUACACUGCCUAAUGCCAGUUCUGUGGCGAAAACUUUGGAGACUGCUUCGUCCAGCUCAAAUUUUUCCCUCAGUGUCAAACAUCUUCUAUUACUGCAUCUGUUCUGUGGCGAAAACUUUGGAGACUGCUUCGUCCAGCUCAAAUUUUUCCCUCAGUGUCAACACAUCUUCUAUUACUGCAUCUGGUAA